AUGGAUGGCGGUAGCAAGAGGCCGCUCGAAUCAGAGACUCCAGACGGACUGAAAUCACUCUCUCGUUCAAUCAGUCCACCCAGAUCAAAGAAGCAGAAAAAUGUCGAAACCAUUCCUUCGCCCUUUCGUCUUACCUGGAUUCAGGACCUUGAUGAGGAGAGCAACAAAGAUGCCGUCACGCUAGCUGACUUGCUGGGCGACCCGUUGAUCAGCGAAUGCUGGGACUUUAACUAUUUACACAGUAUACCUUUCUUGAUGAACGCCUUUGACCGCGACAUCAAACCUCAUGUUCAGGUUCAUGUUGUUCACGGCUUUUGGAAGAGAGAAGACGAGAAUCGUCUCGCCCUAGUCGAACAAGCAGAGUUCUUUCCUAAUGUGCAAUUACAUGUCGCACCUAUGCCGGAAAUGUUUGGCACACAUCACUCCAAAAUGCUAGUAGUAUUUCGUCGACACGACACAGCGCAAGUGAUUAUCCACACAGCCAACAUGAUACCAAAGGAUUGGACCAACAUGACAAACGCGAUCGUCUUCCCCACGGCCGAUGAGAUCCGGGCGUCGCUCGACGGAUACGCAUCUGGAGGAUCGAUCCACACCAAAGUACAGAGCAAGCAACAGGAGAAGCAGCUCGAGUACCUACGCCCAGUUUUUCAUCAUUGGAUGGCAGAUGAGAAAUCAACACUGACCAGCGAUUUUCGGGAUGGCGGCAGAGAUCGCGCAGCGCCGCAUAUCAAGACGUAUAUACGCACGAACAAGAACGACACGAUCGAUUGGGCAUUGGUCACUUCAGCAAACUUGUCGAAGCAAGCGUGGGGGGACGCAGCGAAGCCAACCGGGCAGUUUCGAAUAGCCUCGUGGGAGAUUGGGGUGCUCGUGUGGCCAUCGCUAUUCAGGGACGAUGCAAUCAUGACGGGGUGCUUCAAGACUGAUGUGCCAACAGAGUCGCAAGGCCGGUCCGGCGAGGCUGGCACCGUGGUAGGGUUCCGGAUGCCGUACAGCGUGCCCUUGCGCAAGUACAGCCGAGACGAGACACCAUGGGUGGCAACCAUGUCCCACGAAGAGGAGGACUGUUUAGGCCAGAGCUGGAUGAGGCAUACCCGGCCGCUGUCAGCUCGCCUGCAUACACUGUACGAAUACUGUACAGGCGGCCGUCCUGCUAAAACUCGCCAGACUCCGGCGCUCUGUCCACUGCUCGCCUACAUUUGUACCAAUAGACUUUUUCUUCUUGCAAGUCCAAGCCAGCCAAGCAAGUUUUAG